UCUAGAUCCCAGUCAGGCAUUAAAGAUAGGAUAACACAAUAUCAUAAGCCACACGUAAACUACAUCCACGACAGUGGCCCACAUUAGUAUCCUCUUCCUAGUCUCCACACUUGAAGAACAGCCUUGACUGUUUAAAUGGAAACUAUAGACUAGACAGCUUCUCAAGUUUUCUCAAAGACAACAAGGCAAUGGCGGUCUCCUUCCUAUCAACUGUCCCUUCCUUGCUUCCACUUGUUCCUGUCCCUCUCAACAUUGCUGCUACCUCUGGCUCCAGAUACCCAACUGUUUCUGUUACAAUUCGUUGUAAUAAAAUUGAAGUUGAUACUGCUAAUGAGGAUAGGUUUCAUAGGAGGGACAUUCUCAAAUGUGUUGGUGCCACCAUUGGCAUGGAAUUGAUAAGAAGCUCAGGAACAUUUGUGGAAGUGGCUGAGGCUGCUGAUCUGAUACAACGCAGACAGCGUUCUGAAUUUCUUUCAAGUAUCAAGGACACCCUUUUUCAAGCUAUAAAGGCAAAUCGAGACAUUAUCCCAUCCUUACUAACUCUGGCACUGAAUGAUGCUAUCACUUAUGAUAAGGCUUCAAAAUCUGGGGGACCAAAUGGAUCUAUCAGAUUCAGCUCAGAGAUAAGCAGACCUGAAAACAAGGGGCUCACUGCUGCUUUGAAUUUCAUAGAAGAAGCAAAGAAGGAAAUUGAUUCGUAUUCCAAGGGUGGACCCAUUUCCUAUGCUGAUCUGAUCCAAUUAGCAGCACAAAGUGCCACAAAGCAAACCUUUCUUGCUGCUGCAAUUCGCAAAUGUGGAGGGAAUGAAGAGAAGGGAAAUUUAUUAUACACUGCAUAUGGUUCAAAUGGUCAGUGGGGCUUGUUUGAAAGGAAUUUUGGACGGAGCGAUACCCAGGAGCCAGAUCCAGAGGGAAGGGUUCCCCAGUGGGACAAAGCAAAUGUGCAGGAAUUGAAGGACAAGUUCUCUGCCCUUGGCUUGGGACCCCGCCAGCUAGCUGUUCUGUCUGCAUUCUUGGGUCCUGAUCAGAUAGCCACAGAAACCUUAUUAGCUGCUGAUCCUGAAGUUUUUCCAUGGGUUCAGAAAUAUCAACGUAGCCGAGAAACAGUAUCCGAAACAGAUUAUGAGGUUGAUCUGAUCACUACUUUCACAAAACUGAGUAGUUUGGGACAACAAAUCAAUUAUGAGGCGUAUACUUAUCCAGUCAAAAAAGUAGAUUUCAGCAAACUCAAAUUGUAGAGAGAUCACAAUACUCACUAGAGCAGUUCCAGCUCCAGCUAGUCAACCCUCGAUUCUUGCAACAAUCUUAUAGAGACUCAUUUGUUGACCCACGGAUAGCUAAAAUGUUAUGAAAAUGGAAAAAAUUAACAAGAAUGAGGUUAAAGAGGUUAUUGUGGUACCUACUGCCAAUGCCGGCAGUUUCAGUACAAUAUUGUAUGUCCCAUAUUUACCAGCAGUUUCAGAUCAAUGGCCAUUUUCCACCCCCAAAAUUUAACAAUGUGAAUCUUUGAGCCGCUCAGCUUAUUAUUGGUGUUUUAGUUGUUGGGUUAAGGAAACCAUCUCUCUUUUC